AGGCCGGGUCCGAAUCGUGACCCGAAUACUUUCCGGAAUCGGAGCCCGGGUGUUGUUUCUGUCUUCGGUUCAUUGGGUUGGAUGAGUACAGUGAUGCCAUUUCCUGACCUCAACCUAAUGCCGGAUUCUCAAUCGUCGACCGCCGGAACCACAGCCGAAGACACUGUUGUCACCGGAAAGCCAUUAGUUAAGGCCGAGCCAAUUGAAGAAUGGCAAAUCCCACCAUCAUCUUCCCCUGAUCAAUCAGCCAGUAGCGAUCUCGUCGCCGAGUUUAUUCGUAUCUCCAACCUCUUCCGCUCCGCAUUCAAGCCGCAGCAGGUCGAAGGAUACGGAUUGGAUUCCGGUGCGAUCGUUGCUGUACCGGAUGAAGAUAACCGGGGAUUGAUUGAACCGCCUUCGGGAGUCUCCUCCGUCGUUGUCUCGCCUCGUCCCGCGAAAUUCGAGAGACCGAGAGAGCUGGCGAGAAUUGCAAUUCUUAGUCAUGAUCAACGGACGCAACUCCGGCAAGUCAUGAAACAAACUCGGAUGAUUUAUGAGUGUCUUCGGGUUCAUCUAUUAGCAGAGGAGAGGAAGUGUCCUGCACUUGGUCAGGGGCGUAGAGCGAGGAGUGAUAUGACGGCUGCAGGUAUGAUGAGGGCUCGAGGGCUGUGGUUGAAUUACGAUAAGCACAUAGUUGGUCCAGUCGCCGGAGUAGAGAUUGGGGAUGUAUUCUUUUAUAGGAUGGAGUUGUGCGUGAUCGGACUACACGGUCAGCAACAAGCUGGAAUUGACUGUUUAACGGCUGAACGGAGCGCCACUAGAGAGCCUAUAGCUACCAGCAUUAUUGUCUCAGGUGGUUACGAGGAUGAUGAAGAUAAAGGAGAUGAACUGAUUUAUACUGGUCACGGUGGGCAGGAUAGGCAUCAGAGGCAGUGUGAGAACCAGAGGCUAGUAGGUGGGAAUCUGGGAAUGGAGAGAAGUAUGCAGUAUGGCAUCGAGGUACGGGUGAUUAGAGGAAUUAAGUAUGAGAACAGUAUAACCUCCAAGGUGUAUGUCUAUGAUGGCCUUUAUAAGAUUGUAGAGUAUUGGUUUGCUGUUGGGAAGUCCGGUUUCGGGGUGUUUAAAUUUAGGUUAGUUAGAAUGAAAGGGCAACCGAGGAGGGCCACUGAGGUUAUGAGCUUUGCACAAAGACUUAGACGUGAGCCGUUGAAGGUUAUGCCUUAUGGGUAUGUCAGCUUCGACAUUUCUAACAAGAAGGAGAAUGUCCCUGUGUAUCUGUUUAAUGACAUAGAUGGUGAUCAAGAACCGAGACACUAUGAGUACAUUACAAAAUCUGUCUUUCCUCCUGCUAUUUUUGGUCAAGGGGGAAUCAACAGGAGUGGCUGUGAUUGUACCAACUCCUGUACAGAUGAUUGUCUCUGUGCGAGGAAGAACGGUGGUGAGUUUGCAUAUGAUGAUAACGGGCAUCUCUUGAGAGGAAAGCAUGUAGUUUUUGAAUGUGGGGACUUCUGCAAGUGUGGUCCGGGCUGUAAGAGCCGUGUGACACAAAAGGGAUUGAGGAAAGGGCUAGAGGUUUUCAGAUCGAAGGCAACCGGUUGGGGUGUCAGGACACUCGAUCUAAUUGAAGCUGGUUCGUUCAUAUGUGAAUAUGCAGGUGUUGUAGUCACAAGACAACAAGCUGAGAUUCUAUCAAUGAAUGGCGAUGUUAUGGUCUAUCCUGGUCGGUUCACGGACCAAUGGUGUAACUGGGGUGAUUUAUCUCAAGUAUACCCGGGUUAUGUUAGGCCAAAUUACCCAUCUCUCCCCCCACUGGAUUACGCAAUGGAUGUGUCGAAGAUGAGGAACGUGGCUUGCUACAUUAGUCACAGCAAAGAACCGAAUGUGAUGGUGCAGUUUGUUUUGUAUGACCAUAACCAUCUGAUGUUCCCUCGCGUAAUGCUAUUUGCGCUGGAGAACAUCUCACCCUUGGCCGAGCUAAGCCUGGAUUAUGGUUUAGCGGAUGAAGUCAAUGGAAAGCUGGCCAUCUGCAACUAGUUUAACAAAGUUUGAUUUUGUUCUAUAGAUUGAGGUGGAGAAAAUUUUGAGAGAAGAAAGCCUUUCUCUGCUUGUUUGUUGUUCUGUCGUCCCAUCUUUCUGUGAAGCAAGAACUGGAGGCAUGGUCGGAGAGAGUUAUGCAUCCAUUUUGGGGGUGGGUAAAAACUUUUCUUUGUCCAGUGUAACCUUUGUUCUGUUAUUAAUGUACUGAAUUUUUUUUUUGUAUGUUUCUCUGUUGCUCAUUUGAUGGAGCUUAAAGCUGAAAAAGGAAAAGAAAAAUGUAAUAGCAAAUCAACAAAACAUUCUGUAAAGAAUUUUUGUAGGAUAGCUUUUUGAAGUUGUUUUCAUUUAUCUUAAAAAGUUUGCCUUUUGUUCUGCAA